CGCCGCGCAUCCAUUUGGUUUGCCGCGGUCGUUCCCGUCUUCGGGCCAUGACAACUCCGGAGCGAUGUCCGUUGCGGGUGUUCUUGCGUCGGAUCCCGUUCAUCAAACAGAAGAUACACGUUCGCCGAUCGAAGCAGUGCAGCCGACAUCAUGCACUCCGGUUUCCACCAACCGUGCACGCGAUGUUCUUUCCCCGUCUAAUGAUAGCGAGGCUGGGAUGAGUUUCUCGCCUCGGUCGCCCCGUUCGAGGUCCAGUACACCUCGUGAAGGCAAGCCUCGUUGGGUGCGAUGCAGACUCGAUCAGCAAAAUCGCAAGAGUGAGAUUGCGAAGGCGAUGGGGAAGAAGUUGUCGACUCGCACUCACGGCUCCAAAGAUAAGAAGAAAAAUCAUUGUUCGUACGAGGACAUGUUCGAUCAGCUCCUGGAGUGGAGUUCCGUUCACAUUGAUGAACUGAUGUCAAAGUACGGCCCCGACGAGCAAUCAUCUGGCCAUGGGAGUUCAUGCGGACAAGGAUCGGAUGCAACGACGACACCGAAGUCGCGAGGUGGCAGCCCUUGCAGUGACGCUUUGAAAUGGCGCGACGGUAAGCCGGGAUAUCCGGAUAAUGGUCCGAUGUUUGAAAGAUUGACCGUGAGGAACCAAAUGGCCAUGUGGGAUACUAAGGCAAGAUCUGAUGUCGUUUUUAUUGAGCCAGUGAAGCUUCUACAGAUUCUCGGGAUGUUCGAGCAAACGUGUCCUCAGCACGGGAAAGACGUGGAGGAGACGAUCAAGAAGAUCUAUUAUCCAUGUCACAUUUGCAAGUUGCAAUUCGAGUCGAACGAUCCGGUCGUCGUUUUGGUGGACGGGCGUUACGAUUCAUCUCGUGACGCUCAGCAUUGUACGGUAAAGGCGAUGGAUUUGAAGUCAGGAAUGAUCGUGGGGACGGAGACCAUGCUCCGGGGGAACGAGUCGUCGUGGAAGCUGGAGACACAGUGUGUGGGAAAACUGCUUCAUCGGUUGAAGGACGAGAAGAACCUCAUAAUCGCAAAGGUUGUGCAUGAUGAUUGUGGCGCGGUUGACGUCAUAUUGCGGCGAAUGAAUAUUGACUCACAAAAGUGUAUGUGGCAUAAGGCGAAGACUUUGGUCAAACGCUUGCGAGAGGCUGUGCGCGGCACGAAGACUGUCAAACCAGUUGUGGUCGGGGCUUGCGAGCAUGUGCGCGAGGUGAAGUGUUUCACAAAGAAGGAGCUCGAACUUUUGCUCGAAACGAAAUGUGUACAUGUGCCAGGGGUGUCCACGAAAAAAAAGGAUGAACUCGUUGAGAUUGUUUGGGGUGUGCUCUUCCCCAAUGAAGCAGGGAAAGCGUUGCCAGAUGAUGUCGUUGAGAUUGACGCGUUGCAAACACUGCAUUGCAAUGCGGCGGAGGAGGCGAAGGAGUGGUUGUACGGCGCUUGCAGGGUGCGCGAGCGAGCAAAGGAUGACGAUGGCGAUGUGUUGGCCACUCAUGUGCAACACCUCGCCAAUCAUUGGGUCGGGGAUCAUUCCCGUUGCGAUAAGGAGUUGUCCAACCUGUGCAAAGCGGCCGGGGGUCCGGACAGAGAGCCAUUGUACGAGGCGGGGGCACGUGUUCAUUUGGCCAUCGUGCUCUGUCUUGAACAGUUCGCUUCGAAUACGAAGAUGGCGUACUACACACGUGUGAGGAUGACCUUCAACAACGAGUGCUUCCACUCCGUGAUCAACAACCCUCGGGUCGGAGACUGGGCACGUAACAUGUUGCAGCAAUCGGACGUCGACGAUCCAGUUAUUGAGCAUUAUGAUGAGGAAGCCGAUUAUGGACUCCCUGAUGCCGUUGAGAGUGCGGUGGAGGGUGUUGUGGCCGAAGGUGGCAAUGUUUUCGUAGAGGCGGGAAGCGAAAGUGCUUCAGAUGACGAAAAGUCGUCUUCCGACUCUGACAACGAUGGUGCCGCUCACCGCCUCGACUUCGACGGCGCCGUGCUUUCGCAGGAGGUGUCCGUUGCACAGGAGUGAUAGUGUCACGUACUACAUCGAUGCCCAUUGUCGUCGUCAUAAUCAUGAGAAUGUUAUGUCCUCAAUUUGAACUGGUUGUAAUUUUGAACU